UCAGUGAAGGUUAGGCACAAGCCCAACACAUCUUUUAAUCGCUCACUGUUUAAUGUGAUAUUUACAAAUUGUUUAUCAUGCUUUAUUUGCGGUUACGAGUCUAACCUGCCCUGUAGGUUUUAUUACAGCCUUGCGAUUUAGCAAUUAUGGCCGGCUUGUCCAACUAUGCACUGCGCAUGGCCCGGCUGAGUGCUCAAAUAUUCGGGGAUGUCGUACGUACGACAGACUCCAAGUCGAUGAAGGUGGUCCGGCUUUUUCAGGAGCCACCCAUGGCCAAGAGGAAGGAGGUAUACGACUGGUACCCGCAGCACAAGAUCUACUACGCCAUGACGCAGAAGCUCAGGUUCAUGGGACUUUUCAGGGACGAGCACGAGGAUUUCAAGGAGGAGAUGCGUCGCCUGCGGAAGCUGAGAGGGAAAGGCGUACCAAAGAAAGGAGAAGGGAAGAGAGCGGGCAAGAAGAAGUGAGCCACGACAUUGCCGCUGCGCAACUUCGAAAUCGGGACUGUUGAGAGCCUUCAACAAUUCAUCGCCCUUCCAAUACGGUCUUCGCAAUAUUCGUGGGCUUCAUACCCAGUGGAAAAGAAAGGAACGAUUAUGUUUGUAUGAAAUAUUAGUGUGUGUCUUAUACUCAUUUUAUGGCAUCUUUAGGUUUCAGGAUAUGUGAAGAUUUCUGUUGACGGCAGUUGAAAUGUUGCUCGAAGUUGAAAGUUUUGAGGGGAACAAAAUAAAAGACUGCCAUCCA